UAACUGGACUGAGGCGGCUUCCGUAGUAGUGGAUUGGAGUGACGCACAGCGCCGAACAGGCAGAUCAUUUCUAGAGUCAAGAUGGCGACUUCGGAGCCGAAAUCAGCUGAAGUCGAGGAUCAGCCGACUGAUGAUCAGGUUGUUGCAAAUCCUGAGCAGUAUAUCAAACAUCCUUUGCAAAACAGAUGGGCCCUGUGGUAUUUCAAAAACGACAAAAGCAAAAGCUGGACCGAGAACUUGCGUCUUAUUUCCAAGUUUGACACAGUGGAGGACUUUUGGGCGUUAUACAAUCACAUACAGCAACCAAGCAAGCUCAACUUUGGCUGCGAUUAUUGCUUAUUUAAGGAUGGGAUCAAACCGAUGUGGGAGGAUGAGAGGAACAAGUUGGGGGGGCGAUGGUUGAUAACUCUCAACAGACAACAGAGACACAACGACCUCGAUCGCUACUGGAUGGAAACGGUAACGCUGCUGCUUUUUAUUUUUCACAAAACUGCAUUAUCCAAAACUCCUGUUGAUUGUGUUUGUUUGAAUAAAAGGCGGCUAGUUGAAGCAGAGUUUUAUGUUCUGCAGCUCCUGUGUUUAGUCGGAGAGUCGUUCGAUGAGGCGAGUGACGACGUGUGUGGAGCCGUGGUCAAUGUCAGACCUAAAGGUGACAAGUUAGCCAUCUGGACGAGCAACUGUCAAAACAGGGAAGCCAUCAUGACGAUAGGGCAGCUUUACAAAGAGCGUCUGAGCCUCCCUGUGAAAGCCUUGAUUGGCUACCAGUCACAUGACGACACGUCCAGUAAGAGCGGAUCCACCACCAAGAACAUGUACUCCGUUUGAAAAACCUCCCCCUCAUUUCAACUCGCUGUAGAUUUAAACAAUUACCGAUCGGCAUCACCACAUUAACUUUUGAGUUGUCAACUACUAUAGUGUCCUUUCCUUUUAUUGCUAAGAGAAUUGUUUAUAAUGUGUACAGUUGGAGUUUCCACUAAACGCAACGGAGACGAGGAUAUAACAGAAGAGUGACUUAAAUGAAUAAAAGCAUAAUUUCCUUUUAGAGUUGAAGAGUUCUGUGAGUUAAAUCGGUGACCUUCUUUAGUUGAGAACAAGUUUUCUUCAGUACUUAAUAACUUUGAGUUAAACAAAAAAAAAAUUCCCCCAACUAUGUAAGGCCUUGUGUUUUUCUCAUGCUGAGCGUUUCUCACGUCACAGAAAACAAGAUGGUAGGCAACGUAUCCUUACACAGAACACGGUUUUAACACUUUUAACUUGAUUUAUUCAGAAGUGUUAAUCUUGAGGUGUGCUUUCAGACACUCCAGUUUGAAUUUACAGUAUCUUUAAUGGUUUGUAAAAGUCGUGGUCACACUCCAAAAAGUAACGUUUGGAUUUAGGCCACUUAUUGUUUCAGCCAUGCUGAAAUUAUGGGAUUUUGCUUGUAGUACUUUUUUUUUAAGUGUUUUUUUUUUCACUUACAUUUAUUUAUAAUGUAUACAUUGCAGGUUUUUUUUUAGUUGAUAGAAAAUCAUCCAACUUGUGUUUUUAUUUUGAUUUUUCUUUAAGUGAACAAUGUGGACUACUGCAUAUAGAUGACAUUUUUACAGUGUACCAUACAGUAAAGAUGCUGCCUGGUGUGCUUCUCACUGUUUUCUUCCUAACAACCUUUAGAUAUUGUCGCACUCCUUUUGGUUGAUGCGAAGGAAAGAUGAUAUUCAUUGUGAAAUGGUUUUGCUCAUAAUGUAUCUUUAUUAUCUGUUAUUCCAGGAUGUAUAUUACCUUCUUUCAAGUAAAGGUUAAGUGCUUUGCAUUAAACCACA